AUGACUCGGAUGUGCAGCUCUUCUGAUGAAAAAUCAUGGCUGGGGCGUUUGAAUUCCAAAGGAAAAAAAGGUCUAGAAGAUAGGGGGUGCGCUACUACCUUUCCAACUUUAGAAGAUGUUAAUUUUGCCCUGAAGUUUGAAAUGUUCGACCUCCCAUCCUACAGCAAAGAGACGAGCUGCAGUUUUAGGAACAUCUUGGAGGGCUUUGCAAGUAGCAAGACUGGAUAUCGAUUGCCAAACGUUCACACCCUUCAUAGCCAAGUUCAUAUAUCUAUGGGAGGUGACAUGGGUGAUGUUCCUUCAGCUGCUAAUGACCCCAUCUUCUACCUUCAUCACUCGUUCAUUGAUCUGAUCUUUGAGAAAUGGCUUAAAACUUAUAAGCAGAAUGCUACUAUCCUUUCACCCUACGAUGCCCCACUUGGCCACAACAAAGGCGAUGUAAUUAUACCGAUGUUCCCUGUGUACACUCAUGAACAGAUGUUCAAGAGAUCGCAAGAGUUUGGAUAUAGCUACGAAGGUAUUGAUGAAAUAGGU